CAUACUAGAUACAAGCACGUUCUAGUGGCUCAUAGAUAACGAAAGCUGCGUUGUGACAAAGAUGUUGUGCAAGCACGCUGUCGUCGCUCGCGUGCGACGCAGCUCGGCAACGUCAUCGGCGCUGGUCGCGCGCUCGACUGCACAUGAUGCAACGGCGCAGAAGAGCUACUACGUGGCGAUGAAUGUGUUCAAGGUGAAGCCGGAGUCCGGCAAGGACUUUGAGGAGGUGUGGAAGUCGCGCGAGUCCCGCCUCAAGUCCAUGCCCGGCUUUGUUCGCUUUUCCAUGCUCAAAUGCGACAACGUGCCCGGCAAGUAUGUCUCUCAGUCCACCUGGGAGUCCAAGGAGGCGUUUGAGGCCUGGACCAAGAGCGGCGCGUUUGCGGCUUCCCACGGCAGUAGCGGCAGCAGCAGCAGCGGCAGCAGCAGCAGCGGCCACGGGCAGGGCGGCCACGGCCAUGGUCACGGGCAGGGCGGCCACGGGCAGGGCCAGUCUGGCAACAAGCGGCCCAGCACUAUGGAGAUGCUGGAGCAGCCCCCCGCCCCUGAGUUCUACUCCACAGUCACCAUCACCGAGUAAGGACGCAGCUGUGGGCGUAGUACCAUGUGGUAUCCGGGAGUCGACAAGCUGUGGGCAGGGCUGACGAGCCGAGGGGGUAUGAAGGCUGUCGGUUUGGACAAUCGGAGGGGCUGAAAGGAUGUUCCGUGCCUGUAAGAACUUGUUAUGGACGCUUGAGUUCAGCCUGGGACAGUUGUGCACAACCGAAUGCAGUCCUAUUACAGCCCAGGACCGACGAGUGCAGCUCGGGGCAUCGACUGUUGGGCCAGGGUUGGGCCUGCCAUUAGGCGGCAUCGGGAGCGAUGUGGGCUGGAGCUGCGACAGCUCGCUCAGCCUUGGAGAUUGGACAUGCAACGGAGGACCUGGGAGGACCCAUUGCUGUGUAGUAUACAGGAUCGGGUUACAUGACGCUCACGAUGACGCGAGCACUGCCCUGGCUUAAGGCCUGAGGCUUGCCUGUCGGUACCGGUAUGCUGGAGCGAGCCGUGCUUCGGUAGGCUCUGACAAAACGUUGUUGUAGAAUUGGAUGCACGUCGUAAGCGCCAACAUCAGAGGCGUCAGGGAGCAGAGAGGAAAGGGCCCUAAGUCCCGGCGCUUGGCGAGAAGAACACGUCAAUGGAUCCUUCUCUGCAGUAAGGGCCCGUUUCGAGCCCACGAUGUCACCUAGCACCCCGCAAUGAACUUCAAGGCCACGGGCGCUACACCCCCCUGUACAGCUACGGCCGUCAACCCACCCUGCAGCCUAUCCAGAUCUUCGCCACGCCAAUCCGCUCCGUCAGCUCUGCGUUGCCGAUUGCCUCAUAUGUUCCCUUGCUUUGAACCAGACAAACAUGCCGUACCAAGGAUACCUCCUGUGGAUGAACCCAGUCCAUUCCUAUUGACCGAUUACACCCCGCGGCUGCUCAGCUGGCGAGACAACUUGACCCGUUGCCCUACGAAUGCGCGGCGCUCCCAAGAAAAGCGGACGACCAUGCUGCGCCCAAGCACUGCCUGCUCCAGCAGCCCGCUGCGCUGUGCCCCCUCAAAAGUCCACGUUCAUCUGCCCCAUGGCCACCGCCACCCGGGUGCGGCUGGUGAGCUCCUCUUUGUUGCUGGCCGCCAGUCCGUCCAGUAGGCAGGCCUCAAACACAGACACCGCGUCCGCCAUGGCCGUGUCCCGCCACGCCUCCGGGUUGGGCUGCGCAGGGCGACACCAGCGCACACAGCACGCAUGAGAUGCGGUGGCAAGUUUGAAAGAAAGGACAUAAC